AUGCAAGGAUUAUCUAUUGAAAGUUUGAAGAAACACAAAGCUUUGAUUCCCUUGUACGUGUGUGUGGGUAUUGGAUGCGCGGGCGCUGUGUUCUACUUGGGCAGGCUGGCCACUCGCAACCCUGAUGUGUCCUGGAACAAGAAGUCAAACCCAGAGCCCUGGGAGGAGUACAGGGCCAAGCAGUACAAGUUCUACUCGCCCAUCAGAGACUACUCCAAAGAGGAGUCCCCGGCUCCCAAGUACUAG